AGACGGAUUAAGAUGCUGAUGAGGUUUAAAAAGCUGCUUAAAGGGACGCAGGAUGGCGGCUGACAGAGGAGCAGGUCACCGUGUGUGAUUCACCUGGACACACAACACUGUAAUCCUGUGGAGAAGGAACUCCAUCACAGAUGAAUCCAGGUAAAGGGGCCUUGAGCUGGAGGCCACAGCCUUGGCAGGACGCUGAUGGUUUAGGUGGCGAACCGCUUUCAGACAGCGACUCGGAGGAAGAGGAUUUUCCAGACGACACGACUACCCCAUUAGGAGAGUACAUCACUGAGGGCAUAAAGCAGCUACUUGAUGCUCAGCAGUUGUGUGACGUCACUCUUUUAGUGGAGGGAAGGAAGUUCAUGUGCCACAGAGUUCUCUUGGCUGCCGUCAGCCCGUACUUCCGUGCCAUGUUCACCAGCCCCCUGGUGGAAUCUCGGCUCGCUGAGAUCCGUUUGGAGGAGGUGACGCCGUCGGUCAUGGAGACGGUUAUCCAGUUCAUCUACACGGGGGAAGCAGGGCUGAGCCUCGAGACGGCAGAGGACCUGUUUGUGGCAGCCAACCGUCUCCAGGUCAUGCCCUUACAGAAUCUGUGUUCAAGGUUCCUGUUUGAACACCUUUCUGUGGAGAACUGUUUGGGGAUGUACUCUUUGGCACGAUCGCAUCAUGACCAGCUGUUGCUCAGAGCCUCCUUGAGAUUGGUGGCUCAGCAUUUCCCUCGAGUGGCACGACAGAAAGACUUUCUCCUCUUGGACCCGGGCACCUUGGAAAGCCUCCUGGAGUCAGACCGACUCGGAGUGGAGUCUGAGACGGAGGUGUACGAUGCGGCACGGCGCUGGGCAGAGCACCGGCCCGCCGAACGCUACGUCCACAUGCCCACCCUGCUUCGUCAUUUGCGCCCGGGUCUGCUGGCACCAGAGGAGAGCCGGCGGCUCAGUAAAGAGCUCGGGCGGAGGGCGGCCACUGAGGGUAUGGGAGGUCCUCUGAGGCCCCGAGAGGGCAUGCUGGAGAAGAAGAUUGUUUGCGUGGACCUUAAGCCCAGGGAAGACGAAGCUUUACGAGAGAGUGACUACACAGUGGAUUGUUUUGACCCACGCACAGGAAAGUGGGAGAAACUUUCAGCUCUGGGAUCUUUGCUGUGUCCAGGCUGCACGGCUGUCGGUGGCCGGCUCUUUGUAGCUGGCGGCAUUUUAAGAACAGGGCAGGUUUCGUCAUCAAUGCACGAGUAUGACGUAGUGCUGGACCGCUGGAUAUCACGGCCAUCCAUGGAACAGCCACGUGCCAUGUUUGGCCUCCUGGGCUCCGGGAACUUUCUCUAUGCCCUCGGUGGCUGCAACCGAUCGGCCCUACUCGACACUUGUGAAACAUUUAACCUCACAACAUUAACGUGGGCACCGGGUCCCCGCUUGCCGUUGCCGCUGCGCUCUUUUGCCUGCUCCACACUACGAGGCCGACUGUACUUGCUCGGAGGUGCCACGUUGGAGCAGAACAGGGCCAUGGUGCAUGCUGGAGUGCUCAUCUAUCACACCAGUACGAGGACCUGGAAUCGUAUCGGUCUUGAUUCCGGUGCCACCUGCCUGGCUGGAGGAGUAGCGGUACGCGGAGGAGUGUGUGCUGUGGGCGGGUACAUGCGCGACGCUGCUAAAUUUGUGGAUGGCAAUUACACCCAGCUGGCACCGCUCGACGCCACCGGGCGAGUUCUGUUUUUCCGAGAAGGAAGGGCAGCCGGGACAGACCGAGACGUCAUGGCCGGAGUGGAGAGGAUGGGAGGUGGUGGAAGCGACCGUGCUCCCAGUCCGGUAGUUUUUCCAGGUCUGCCACGGCGCAUAGCUGCCGCAGGCGUAGCGAGGUGGAAGCGCAGGAUUUACGUGCUGGGUGGCGAGAAUGGCUCACGGUUUUAUGAUAGCGUGUACUGCUGGAAGCCUGGCUGGCGGAGCUGGGUCCAGAGACGUGAGAAACUACCAGGAGAUACAGGUGGAGUCAGCCAGUUUGGGUGCACCACUCUAAAGUUCCCCAAAAAACACAUCUUGACACGAAUUAGAACAGCACUGGAGAAGCAGGGGAAGGAAAAGCGACGGAAACGGAAGACAGACGGACAGGUGGAAGGAGGUCGGCACACCAGAAGGGCAAAUCAGGAGGUGUGAUGUUAUUUAAGGACUUUGUUUGGGAGUCGUCCCUUUCAGUCAGUGAUAUUAAAUCUCUCAUUGUGCCCUUUAUGUUUUGUCUUCCCAAGAAAGCGACAUCACAUUGGCAGCUAAUGCGUGUUGUUUCGAAGGCCGCUUUAUCUCACUGCUUCACUUUUGGAUGCUGCUACAUGUCCCAUAAAGCAUGUCCGGCUCGGUCGGUUACUGAAACGUCUCUUGAAUGUAUAAAAUAACAACAUAGAAUAACAAGCAGCUGAAAUCAUACAAGAACUACAGAAUAAUCAGAACGACUCAACUCUGAAAACGAGCAAUAAUCAGACCAGAUUAGAUUCUAUUUACCCUGAAAAUAUUUUCCUGUUCUCCAAACACAGGAUAAGGGAGAACUUUUUACUUUCUUCACCUCCAGUGAGCCCGAGCGUUUCUCACAUACAGUGAUACACGUCUGACCUUAUGAAAUAAAUAUUACUUAAUAAAGCAGUGAAGCAAAUUACAGUCCCACAGAGAGACAGCUAAAUGUUGUGUACUACAAAAAGGUCGAUCAAGAGUCAACAACGUCGUUUAUUCAUCUGACCACCUCUCAAUUUAUUCAAACCUUCUAGGUAUUUCAGGCUACAGGGCUUUUUAAAGAGCUUAAAGGUGCGGUCUCCAUUGUUUGAGAAAUGCUUCAGAAAACUGAGUCGGAACGACAAACUAAACAAAAAUCAAAACAAACGUGUAGCUGAUGAGCAGAAAGGGGCGUGUCUUGUCGAUAUGGGCGGAGAGAGUGUUCAGUGCGCGUG